UAUUUGGGUCCUGAAGAAGGAGGGGUAUUUCUCGUCGGACUACCGUAGGUGUGAUUGAGUUUUCUUCAUGUAAGUGCGUACGUUAGCCUGUCAGUUGAACCCAGUUGCGCCUCGAGCGUUUUGUCGUUGGAUGUCCGUCGGCCGCCGCCGCACAACGGUUACUAAGCUGGCUGAACUUGGCGCCGCGUUUUAGGGUUAAAGCAGCCAGCUAGCCACGCUAACGUUAGCUACUACCAGCGCUGCUGCUGCUGUUGUGUGUGUGUGUGUGUGUGUGUGUGUGUGUGUGUGUGUGUGUGUGUGAGAGAGAGAGAGAGAGCCAACGUCUGGAAGGGCGGACGAGUUUGACGUUUUCUCCUCAAGUCUCCUCACAUUUUUUUUAGUUUAGUUAGCACAACGCGGUCCUCUCUCUCUCCUCAAAGCUAACCCUACCCAGUCAACAUGGAGGGGACACACUUUGCAAGAGCAUGAGCACGACGGCGAACGGCGACUAAAGAGGAUUAAAAGCAACUCGGUGUUGACGGGGGAAAAGUUGAGCUGAGGAUUAACAACUUGGGAUAAACAGAAGAAAGGUUUCAAGUCUUACCUAUUGUACAAGGGCAUGCUAAUACCUCAGUGAUGGAGUCCACAGUUGUGAGUACGUCCACUCUGGCCCCUGAUGAGUUCGAUAGGAACGUGCCGCGGAUCUGCGGCGUGUGUGGCGACAAAGCCACCGGCUUCCACUUCAACGCCAUGACCUGUGAGGGCUGCAAGGGUUUUUUCAGGCGCAGUAUGAAGCGCAAGGCCACCUUCACGUGUCCCUUUAACGGCAGUUGCACCAUCACCAAGGACAACAGGCGCCACUGCCAGGCAUGCAGGCUCAAACGCUGUGUGGACAUUGGCAUGAUGAAAGAGUUCAUUCUGACAGAUGAGGAAGUGCAGAGGAAGAAGGACCUGAUUCAACGGAGGAAGGAUGAGGAAGCGCAGCGUGAAGCAGAGAAGGAGGCGCGGCGGCCCCGGCUCAGUGAGGAACAGAGUCAGGUCAUCGCCACGCUGGUGGAGGCGCACCACAAAACAUAUGACGACUCCUACUCUGACUUCUGCCGCUUCAGGCCUCCUGUGCGCGAGGGCCCAGUGACGCGUAGCGCCAGUAGAGCUGCCUCUCUCCACUCUCUCUCUGAUGCGUCCUCUGACUCCUUCAGUCACUCUCCAGAGUCAGUAGACACCAAAAUGAACUUCAACAACCUGCUGAUGAUGUACCACGAGCAGGGCAGCAGCCCUGACUCCAGCGAGGAGGAGGUCUCCAGCUUCUCCAUGCUGCCCCACCUGGCUGACCUGGUCUCCUAUAGUAUCCAGAAAGUUAUUGGCUUUGCCAAGAUGAUCCCUGGGUUCAGGGAGCUGACUGCAGAGGACCAGAUUGCUCUGCUCAAGUCCAGCGCCAUCGAGGUGAUCAUGCUGCGCUCAAAUCAGAGCUUCAACCUGGAAGACAUGUCCUGGAGCUGCGGUGGGCCUGACUUUAAAUACCAGAUCAGCGAUGUCACCAAAGCGGGCCACACUCUGGAGCUGCUGGAGCCACUGGUGAAGUUCCAGGUGGGCUUGAAGAAGCUCAACCUGCGGGAGGAGGAACAUGUGCUGCUGAUGGCCAUCUGCUUGCUUUCUCCAGACCGCCCAGGUGUGCAGGAUCACGCACGGAUCGAAGCCCUCCAGGACCGGCUGUCAGAGACCCUGCAGGCCUACAUCCAGCUCCACCACCCAGGAGGACGGCUGCUCUACGCCAAGAUGAUCCAGAAGCUGGCCGACCUCCGCAGCCUCAACGAGGAGCACUCCAAACAGUACCGCUCACUGUCCUUCCAGCCAGAGCACAGCAUGCAGCUCACCCCGCUGGUGUUGGAGGUGUUCGGCAGUGAAGUGUCCUAGAACCUCUGAGCCUCGGUGGCGGAGAGGAAGCUGGAGACAAGACCCCCACCUGGGGGUAAAAAUGGAGGGAGGGAGCUGAGGAUGUGCUGGAUGGACUAAAUGGAGGUGUUGGGUAUGAAGCAAGUGGAAGAGAAAAAGUUUGUGUUUUAAGUGUGUGCGAAUGUGCGUGUAUGUGUGUGUGUGUGUGUGUGUGUGUGUGUAUAAGUGUGUUGUCUCGUCUAAAGAAGUCUAUCUUGGCAUACAGACCAAGGUUGUAUGGAGAGAAAGCAGAUGUUAGGAGACGCAGUAAAGAAGGAAACGUCAUUUAAUACAAAUUGAGCUACACAUACAACUUCUGCCUAUAUACAGUGUUUUUGUCUGUAUUUAAAUCAACAAACCGCUGCUUCAAAUGCCUGGACAUUUUGUGUGUGUACGUGACGUACACACACCCACACAACAAACACACUCAGUUAUUCAUUUAGCCAUUCAGUUGAGCUACCUCUUUGUUUUACUGGGGUUGUUUUACAUCACCUACGUGAAACAGUAACUUUUACACAGAACAAUUUAGAUACAGUACGGAGGACAUUUCAGUUCAUCGGUGCAAACGCAGUGCCUGCACAUUACCUUUUGAGUUUUUGGUGUUCCAGAACUUUUUUUUAUUUUGUUGUUCAUCUGCUUCUCUCCAAGGCAGCGUAUGUAUAUGACUAUGUAUACAAUUCAAACACAUGCCUUUCGCCUUUCACCAAAGGUAUGGUCAACUACUUUCUCAAAAAGCUUCCAGUACCUAAAAAUAACCGCGCUGCUCCACAGCUCGUUUCACGUGUGCAGCCUCUCAACAUGCUAGCAAGUUGUCUGACUAGCCUCACAGCCUAUGAAGAAAACUUUCGUUAUUUAGGUUUAUACUGCAGAGUACAGAGCAUAGUCUGUAAUUUAGUAAGGUUUUGAUAGGACUUUGGGGUGCCUGGUUUUGAGGUGAGAAUUAGCCACUAAAUGUGUUAGCUACUUUUACACUGCUAACUUGUCAAUCAGAACGAGCCUGCAUUAUGGCUUGUUGCUCUCUUUUGAAAUUGUUUUUCCUUCUUCUUGGCUUUUGUUUAAUUGUUUCCCUGUAAAUAGUUAAUUACUACCACAUGUAUCCUAAGCACUGUUAUACCACCACCUUUUACUCAAGCCUAUGUAUUGAUAUACAGUAUAUGUUAUCACAGAUUUUAAAGGGCUAAGAUGCCAAAUCUAACUGGAAUAGUAAAUCGAGGCCAAAGCAAGGGGCCUGUCUUGUUAAUAUAUAGCUGCGUACCAUACUUGGAAUUGGCAUAUAUACUGAUGUAAUUGCAAUGGAUGUUUGUUUUGUUUUAUACGUCAUUUCACCUCUAAAAACAAUUCCAUGAAUUGUUCCUCCUCAGUAUACAGUGAGCUCGGUGGGCGGAGAGCUUGGGAAGCUGCUUCAGACCUCCACAGAUAUCACACCCCUUUCGUUUCUGACAGGGAAGUGGAUUUUCUAGAAUGUCUGAGGGCCUGGCUGUGGCGGCGGUGUGCACCUCUACACCCAGGCCCUCCUGUUUGAUGAUGUAUGCUGCGCAGCCCUCUAGUGGCUGCAUCGUGUAAAUACCAGGUAUAUAUAUAUAUAAAUAUAUAAUAUGUCCGCCGCUGUACAUAGGGCUACAUAGAUAUUUCUCCAGGCUAAUUUUUCCAGAAAUAUAUAUAUGCAAAUACAAUAUUGACCCUUUUUUUGUUUUGUUUUUGAUUCAUUAUCACUACGUUCUGAGACACUAUGCUCUUUUGUUUUGACUUUGAUCAUGUUUUUAUUGGUAAGAAUGAGUUAGAAAAUGGCUUAAACAGGGAUUGCUUGUGUAUUUGACUCAGUCAAAUUAUUAUUUGUUUAGUGGUGGGUUGAUGUAUUUGCCUAAUUUCCAAGGUUCAUUUUCAGACAGAGGACAAGCUAAACAUACUGUGCUGCUCUCUAAUAUAAGCCAUAUAGAUCACUAAGCUAGUUAUACACCUGAUACAUUACAGUGCAUCAAAAGGAUGACUCCAGAGCCUUGGAUAUCCUCAUUAUAUAAUCGUCUAAACUCAUAUGCUAUGUAUCCACGGCUCUUGGAAGAUAAGCUUGUAUAUGAUAGGAACUCAUAUGCCUUCUCUCUGCUGUCAGUCAUCUUUGGCUUAUGCUUCAUCAGACAGCAUCUAAUGGCUUAUAAACCAAACUGCCAAGAGAAUUUCAACGCUUAGGUUUAGAGGCCAGUAAUGUAUGGCUUGCUGCAUGUUGGAUUAUGGUAAAAUUAUAUGAGAUGACGUGUUUGUUUGUUUUUUUAAUAUCAAGACAAUUCCCCAAAGAAGUGUAAAAUCAAAUUUUUGCAGCUGAGUUCACUUAAAGCAUAAAAGAAGUCAUUUGCAGAGAUGACACAAGUCUCGUACUUUUCUUGUCUUCGAUUUGCUGUGUGACAGAAGACAUCGGUUUAAAUGGUUCCUGUGAUUGGCCAUACGGGCCUCCUGUGUCAGACCGAGAGCAGGCCGGAGUUACUCUGUGAUCUUUGAGGAAAAUGGUGAGAGAGAGAGCAUGUGUUUGUCGUCGAGCUGGACGUGUUCUCACAGUUGCGCUGUGAGAAGUUGUUGUUGCUUUAAUUUGUUCCACCCACGUGGUUUUUAAACCUACCGUAGAAUUUUAAAGGUCCAGUGUGUAGGAUUUAGGGGGAUAUAUCGGCAGAAACUGAAUAUUAUAUGAUAACCUUUUCCUUUUUUGUCAUAAGUCAACUGAAAAUAAGAAUCAUUGUGUCUUUUUGGUAUCCUGUAAUGAGUCCUUUAUAUCUACAUAGGGAGUGGGUCCUCUUCCAUGAAAUGUUGCACCGCCAUGUGUCUACAGUAGCCCAGAAUGGACAAACCAAACAUCGGCUCUAGAUAGGUCCAUUCACUUUUUCACAUUGGCCACCGUAGUUUGCCGCCCCUUCAUAAUGAGCUGAACAGCACCGUAAAAAAACCCUGAUUUUUAACGUGAAACUGCUUUUUUCAGUGUUUUUACCGGUUUAAAUCACCUGGUCUGUUUUUUUUCUUGGGGGAUAGGGAGAGAAGACUUCUGCAGGAUAAUUUUGCUCACGGUAAAAACCUCCUGAACAAUGAACGCUGAUAAAAAUUCCUACUUGGGAGUUCAUUCUCGGAACAUUGGAGAAGUUUCAGCAGGUUGCAAUCUGCAGUCCUCACCACUAGAUGCCACUAAAUCCUACACACUGCUCCUUUAACUCCAUUCUCCGUCACUGUGGCUUUAUUCCGACUCUUCAUCAGUCACUGUGACACUCUGCAAGCUGGCAGUUGGGGCUGGACGUGGAGAUGAUCUGCGUAGCAGAGAUAGUGAAAUCGUUUUUGGAUGUUUGCAUAUUGAUGUAAUCAUGAUAAGUUGGGUUUUCUUCAUGAAAACCAUUGGGAUUAUGUAGUGUGUAUAUACAGUAUAAUUCCAUGUGCCCCACAAAUCUCCCUACCGUGACUGAACUUUAAGGAGUUGAGGCUCGAGUGUCUUUAGGCAGUACCACUCAUAUGUAUAGUAUGUCAGUUUGAUGAGGGGUAUGAUGUGCUUGGUUACUGAACACUGACUUUUGAAGUUUUUGAAAAGUCUCCACGUUGAUUUUCUCUGAAUACAUACUUCCGUAUGUAGAUAUGGGUUUUGAUUUAGUUCUAUAUUGUUUUUGAGAUAGAGAUGCAGUGUUGAUUUGUGUAUGUUCAAUACAGCGGGAGGUUUGGUGAACAAGUAAGUGCCACGGGGAGAGUUCCCUCCACACAAGAACAGGGUAAAAGAGGAGUUGCUCUUGGGGAUUUGACAAACCAAACAGGAAGAGUCUUGUGGAUGUAUCAUAUCGCCGUUAUUUGAACAAGUAGAUUUCAGUCAGUACCGCAUAGCAUCAGGGGAAUUCUUACUUAUCAUAAGCAGGGAAACCCCCUUUUUCCAUUUUAUGACUAAAUAUGUGAUUAAAUGCUGUUUAUGGGACCUUUUUCCCCAUUUAAUUCCCCACCCAACAUACUGUACAUAAUAUGCAAAUACACUUCAAUGUAAAUAUGGUGCAUCCCCAGAGUCUUCCGGUUUGGUUUUACCACAGUAGGCUGCUCAGAAUCCGUAAGUUUUUAACUCUGCAUUGCGGUUGUUGAAAAUACUGGAACUUGGAGAAAAAAAAACCAUGCGUCAAUGGAAAUCCGCCUCGAAUUAGAUGGCUCCAUCUUUGGUGAGAUUUCCUCGAGAUUGGCAACAUAACAUAGUAACAAUGCCUGCAAUAUACAACUCAUGGUACACUAUCACCAGCAAGCUUUACAGUUUAUCAUGUUAGUAGUGAAGUUUUUUGUAUAACUGUUGCCAUUACAAAUCCUGUCUGUAAAAACAUGUAUGAUACCAUUCAUAGAAAACAGUCGGCCAUCUCCCACACAAAGGCUUUCAAGUCUUUUAUUUUAUUUUAUUUUUUUAAUUUUUUUUUUGUUCCUCCCAUUAGGACAGGGAUUGUAAUGGAAUCAACUUAAUUUAGUUCUUACAAAAAGGAGUGUCCACAAUGGAUGUACACCAUAAUCUACCUAAAAAACCUACCUCUUUUAGCUCAGAUUUUGCUUUAGCAUUAAGCAUUUGCCUCUGUUUUUACUUUUGUAAUAUUUGUAUUCAUGUUGGUAUUUAUUGCUGUCUAAUGAGUCAUACUUCAAUGAUUACCUCAGAGAUAUCUCACAGAUUUGGGAGAGUCCAGCUAAUGAAGUCAUUCAUAUAUAUUUUUUUUUUCUUGUACAGUUUUUUUUUUUUCUUCUCAGACUCAGCAUUGCCUUUUUUUAACGCACAAAAUACCAGGAGUGUUUUUAAUAUAGUGCCUGCACUCUGACCAACAAGGCUCAGACUGGCUAGGGUGAGGCUGCAUUUACUCCACAUUCUUAUCCACAUCUUUGUCCCUUUGGAUGUGUGGGUGAUUUUCAGCCACUGAUGCAAUUAAUCCGGUUGCCAUGUGGCUGAUAUCUACCUUAUCUUAAUAGUUCCUCAGGGCAAACUGAGGAGAACUUUGUGGAGUUAAUCCAGCUGUAAAGAAGGAACAACCUGAAAGACUUUGUGGCAGUAGGAGAAGCGGGAGGUGUGUUUGCGCUCCACUUGGUACUGUUAGCAUGGUCUUUGCUCUGUAGUACGCCAUCCUUACCUUGUCCCUCUUAUUUGCCCCGCCAUCCCCUUCAUACCCUCCCCGUGUCUUCACCUCUCCUUCUGUCCUAAAGUCUACUCCCGCACCUUCAUCAUUCCCUGCCGAUGUUUGGUCUAACAAGGGAAUUAGGAGAAGUGAAAUCCUCAGUAUCCAUGCAAUGCUGCUUUUAUCUCGAGCAUCACCAAGUUGUGCGCUUCUGACACCACACAACGCAGGCAUCAUCCAAAAUGCCGCCCCCACCCCCAAGCGGCGCCUCGUUGGAUUGUGUCUUGAAACGCACGCAACUUAGUGGUGCUCAUUGGGAAAAAAAAUAAAAAUCCUUUCAGAUCGUAGUAUCAUAUUAACAGAGCAACUACUCACUUUGGUGAAUUUAAACCAAGUUUAUUUUGUAUUCAUGUCAAACUGCUUCAGGUAAACACUGAAUGAAAUAAGAGAGUUUUUAUUGAUCAGUGAAUACUGAGGAACAAUGUCGCCAUGGUCACAUCUACCCUGAGCUGUGUGCCAUAACGUGUCCCUUUUAAUGCAGGGGAGGGUGUUAAUGAAGCUGGCUUCAGAUGUUCCCCAGCUUAAUUCCAACCAGAAGGUUGCCUGAGUGUGAGAUUGGCCUCCUACUUAGUACUUAUUCAGCCAUGUGUAUUGAUCUUCUAUGAGGAGUAAAUUUGAAUUUGGCAUUGAAUUGUCACCCUGCAUUGUGAAACCCAAAUCAUGCCACAUUGAAUUAAAAAAUUGCCUGAACCAACAAAAAGCACUUAAUGUAAUGUUUGUAACACAUGCAUACUGAUGAAUCUAUUAGCCAUAAACUGCCUGUGUAGGUCAGCAUGAUAUGGCUCCAAUUAGCAAAAUAAAGUUAGGUCACCUAAAUUUUAAUGUAAUUGCAAUUCAUCUUUUGUCUCUUUUUUUUUUUUCAAAGAUCUUUUUUCUAUUAUAAAUUGGUGUUUAUGUAAUGUUAUUUUUGUCAGAUGUUUUGCAAAUCAAAAAUAAACAGUUGUACAUAG